AUGAACUACAUGAAAUUGAUCGAGAAACAUGUUGAAACUGGUGCUGAUAUAACUAUUUCUUGCAUUCCUGUUGAUGCAAGUCGGGCAUCUGACUAUGGACUAGUGAGAGUUGAUAAGAAUGGUCGGAUUACCGAAUUUCAAGAGAAACCGAGGGGUGAUGAUUUGGAAGCCAUGAAGGAUGAUGGCUCCUUUCUCAGAUUGUCACAUCAAGAUACAAAGAAGUACCCCUAUAUCGCAUCCAUGGGGAUUUAUGUCUUCAACCGAAAGGCUCUUCAAAGACAAUUCAUGAUGAGAGAUGGGAGAGCAAAUGACUUUGGACAGCACAUCCUGCCUUUUGCCGUGAACUACUUCAAUGUUCAGGCAUACAUGUUCCAGGACUAUUGGGAGGAUAUUGGAACAUUAAAAGCAUUCUACAAGGCAAAUUUGGCACUCACAGAACAGUCUCCGAAGUUCCAAUUCUACGAUCAAAGAACACCUAUGUACACAUCUCCUAGGUACCUACCGCCAACAAAAAUCGACAAAAGCAUGAUGCGCAGUUCGAUCAUUUCUCACGGAUGCUUCUUGUACAAUUGUGACAUUGAACGAUCGAUCAUCGGAGUAGGAUCACGUAUCAGUGCUGGAGCCGAAAUAAAGAACACUUUGAUGUUUGGCGCGAAUACUUACGAGACCGAUGAACAAAUUGCUUCGCUAUUGGAAAAGGGUAUGGUUCCUAUUGGAGUGGGGCAAAACACAAAAAUCAGGAACUGUAUCAUCGACACAAAUGCUAGGAUAGGCCAGAAUGUGGUCAUUGCUAACAAAGAUGGCGUCGAAGAGGCUGAUCGAUCGAGCGAAGGCUUCUACAUAAGAUCUGGAAUCACAAUCAUUUUGAGAAAUGCUACUAUCAAAGAUGGAACUGUGAUCUAGAAUGUCAAUUUAUCAUGGUGUUUUUAAUUAUGCUUCUAAUAGUUUAUAGUAAGCUAGGAAAUAAGCAGUUAAUUCUUGCUGUAAAUGAUGGUUGUUUUGCUGAAAGCAAGCUCCAUGAACCAAUUACUCACU